ACAAGAGCGCGUGCGCAGCUGCGCAGUCACCCUGCAAACAUGGCGGUUCUUCUUGAAACAACUUUGGGUGAUAUCGUCAUUGAUUUAUUUACAGAAGAAAGGCCUAAAACAUCCCUGAAUUUCCUGAAGUUAUGCAAAAUCAAAUUCUACAAUUACUGCCUCAUCCACAAUGUCCAGAGAGAUUUUAUUGUGCAGACUGGAGAUCCCACUGGGACUGGCCGUGGUGGAGAAUCUGUCUAUGGCAAACUAUAUGGAGACCAGGCCCGCUUCUAUGAUGCAGAGAAAAACCCACGGAUCAAACACAGAAAGAAGGGGAUGGUGUCCAUGGUGAACAAUGGCAGUGACCAACAUGGUUCUCAGUUCCUGAUCACCACUGGUGAGAACUUGGACUACCUGGAUGGGGUCCACACUGUGUUCGGAGAGGUGUCAGAGGGUAUGGACGUCUUGGCCAAGAUCAAUGAGACCUUCGUUGACAAGGAUUUCAUCCCUUUUCAGGAUAUCAGAAUAAACCACACUGUGAUCCUGGAAGACCCUUUCGAUGACCCUGCUGACUUGCCCGUGCCUGACCGCUCCCCUGAGCCUACCAAGGAACAGCUGGAUAGUGGUCGUAUUGGAGCUGAUGAAGUGAUCAACGACACAGAUGGGAAGAAGGCUGAGGAGCUGGAUGAGCUGCUGAAGGAGAAGGAGGCCAAGACACAGGCUAUCCUGCUGGAGAUGGUGGGUGAUCUCCCUGAUGCGGAAGUGAAACCUCCUGAGAAUGUGCUGUUUGUGUGUAAGCUGAACCCUGUGACCACAGAUGAAGACCUGGAGAUCAUUUUCUCCCGCUUCGGACUUAUUAAGUGCUGUGAGAUCAUCAGAGACUGGAAGUCAGGAGAGUCUCUGUGCUAUGCUUUCAUCGAGUUUGAAAAGGAGGAGGACUGUGAAAAGGCCUUCUUCAAGAUGGACAAUGUGCUCAUAGAUGACAGGCGCAUACACGUGGACUUCAGCCAGUCUGUUUCAAAGAUCAAAUGGAAAGGCAAAGGUGGAAAGUAUACCAAGGAUGACUUCAAGGCCUAUGAAAAAGACGCGGGAUCCAAAUUAGCUCUUAAGGAUAAAGUCAAACCUAAGCAGGACUCCAAAUACGACCUGCUUUUAGAGGAAGAGGAAGAAGGAACAAGCCAUCGGCAUGCUGAGAAGAAACACAAGGAUAAGAAACACGAUCACUCAGAUGACGAGGACACCAGGAAAUCCAAGAAAUCCAAGUGGAACAGUGAGGAGCCCAGGCGGGAGAAAAAGACAGACCGGCAGCAUUCACGCUCCAGGGAAAGAGACCGCCACCACAAGCACAGCAAGUCCCGUGAAAAGCACCGCCCAGAGAGGAGCCGCAGUCGCUCACCCAAGAAGUCUAAAGACAAGGAGAGGAGCAGACACCGAUGAUGAGAGAGGGAGAGGAACAGGGUUGAGGCCAAUUCCAUUUCCCCAUCCAUAUACUGAAUUGGAAAAUCCUCUUUGAAAAAUAAAUGUUAGUUAAUUUCAUGAAUUGACUAAAUUUAAAUGGAAUUGGACCGCCCUGAUACCUGUCACUGUGGCCCCUACUACCCCAACACCACCCAUUUCUGAGAGAGCAGCACUAGGGACUCGGCCCUGACAUUACAGGAAUAUCCUGGGAUGUUUACCCUAAUUACCUGGAAGUAACACAGUGUUACAUAACCUGAGAACACUGCUCAUUAUGAAUAAUAAAACAUUUCAGCCUGAACUGCUCGAUUCCUAUAGGGCAACAUUCUGUAUUUAGGUCUAGACAGCAUUUUCCAAAUCAAUCUCCAUACACACAUCAUAACUAAGUCCCCAGUCAGUAACGUUCUAUAAGUAUAUUUAUAUUUUGGUUUGACUUGUACCCCACCGCCCUCUCUGUUUAUUAAUGGGCAGGUGAAUGAUCCCCCCCCCCCCCCAUGUUUGUCCAUAUUUGAACCUUUUUUUUACUAGUUUUUUUCCCAGCUUUUGUACAGAAAAUAAAUGUACCCAGCUAACAAAUAUUCCCACAAUUGCAACCCUCAGACACAUGAAUGUUCUUAAAACGCAUCUAGACCAUUGUAUAUUCUGAGAAUAUUGUAACCACGUUCUAGAUAAGUAAUUUUUUUACAUUAAAGGAACAUUCUCAACUGAAA